GACAGUGUGGCAGCCCCAUAAGCACUACAAAAGCCUGGCAACUCUACGAGGGUUUCUGCUUCCUCUUUUCAAGUAAACCAAAACACCCACAGAAGAAAAGAAAACCAGGAAUAUUACAAAGAGAAGAUGACGUUGCCCGAGUUUUUUGGCUGCACCUUCAUCGCCUUCGGACCGCCCUUCGCCUUGUUCGUCUUCACCAUCGCCAAUGACCCGGUGCGGAUCAUCAUUCUGAUUGCGGCGGCAUUCUUCUGGCUGCUUUCCCUGCUGAUCUCUUCCCUGUGGUAUGCCUUGAUUCCGCUGAAGGAAUUCCUGGCCUUCGGCGUGGUCUUCUCGGUGUGCUUCCAGGAGGGCUUUCGCUACAUCAUCUACAGGAUCCUGCGCAGCACGGAGCAAGGAUUGCAUGCAGUGGCGGAGGACACGAGAGUGACGGAUAACAAGCACAUCCUGGCCUACGUCUCCGGCUUGGGAUUCGGCAUUAUAUCUGGGAUGUUUGCACUGGUCAAUGUGCUGGCUGAUAUGAGUGGUCCCGGCACAAUGGGCUUGAAGGGCGGAACUGAGCUGUUCUUCGUUACCUCGGCUGCUCAGGCUUUGUCGAUUAUCCUGCUGCACACCUUCUGGAGCGUCAUAUUCUUUAACGCAUUCGACACAAACAACUAUAUCCACAUAGGCUAUGUAGUGGGCAGCCACCUGUUCGUCUCCCUAAUAACUCUGCUCAAUGCCAAUGAGCUUUAUACGACCACCCUGCUGAUAAACUACUUGGUCACCAUACUUACGGGAGUCCUGGCGUUCCGGCUGGCUGGAGGAACCUCUCGCAGUUUCAGAAAAUUCAUAACAUGCCAGUAAACAAUCACUUAGUAUUAUCAGCCUAGUUAAUAGCUUUUGUAUAACAAUAUUAACAAAAAUUACCUUGUGUAUGCUCUAUGGACUAAAAUCCCUAUUACUAAACGGAUUUUUUUGAAAAUACAUACAUAUAACGAGUAAGAAAA